AUCCAUCUUGGCCUCGGCUCCAUAUCUCGGCUUCUCAACCGAUUGGAUAAUCCGCAGGAAAAAUAUGGGACCAUCCUGAUCGGUGGGACUAACGGAAAAGGAUCCACAGCGGCCAUGGUGGCAUCAGUAUUGAGAGAGAGUGGCUUCAAGGUCGGCCUCUAUACGUCUCCUCACCUGAGCGAUGUCCGCGAGCGGAUAACAGUAGAUGGCAGCAUGAUCAGCUGUGAGGCGAUGGAAAGAUGCAUUCGGAAUGUCGAAGAGGAACGCACGGAGGAUAUCACCUAUUUUGAAUUUCUCACGGCGGUUGCCUUUAUCUACUUUUAUCAUCUCAAGGUGGACAUCGCUGUUCUGGAAGUUGGCAUGGGAGGAAGACUUGAUGCUACCAAUGUUGUUGAUCCGAUUGUUUCAGUCGUGUCGAAUGUCUCGCUCGAGCACCGGGCAUUUCUGGGUGGUUCGCUGAAGGCAAUAGCCUUCGAGAAGGGCGGUAUCAUAAAGGAUAAAGGCGUAUUGGUCACUGCCGCCAAGCAAAAGCCGGUGAUUAAAGUCUUUGAAGAUAUUUGUCUCAAAAAAGAGGCAAAAAUGCUGAGAUUGGGACAAGAAUUGCGCGUCAAGAUCAAACGCGGCGGAACAUUUUCAUUCAGGGGGAUCGGUAGGGAAUAUCGGGACAUGGUUUGCUCUUUGAAGGGGAGGCAUCAGUCGGAGAAUGCCGCCCUGGCCAUAGCAGCUAUAGAAAUCGUCCGGGAAAAAGGAUACAAUAUUGACGACGACGCUGUUUUCAGGGGCAUUCAAAAUGCACAGUGGGAAGGGAGAUUGGAGAUUCUUCAGAAAGAGCCGAUGGUUCUUGUCGACGGCGCCCACAAUCCUGCCGGGAUCUCCGUCCUUUGCAGGGCGCUGAGAUCGGAUUUCAAAUAUAGGCGGCUUAUUCUCAUAUUCGGUGUCCUUUGCGACAAAGAUUGGGUCAACAUGCUCAGAAAGAUUGUUCCUCUGACAGAUCACCUCAUCAUUACGAAGCCGCAAAUAGAGAGGGCGAUGUCGCCCGAAAAAGUCGAAGCCAUUGCGUGCCGAUACAUGCACCACAAUGUCGAGUGCAUUGAAAACUCCAUAAACGCCUUAUAUCAUGCCUUUUCCCUGGCGGAUGUUCAUGAUCUUAUCUGUGUGACAGGUUCCCUCUUCCUCGUGGGGGAAAUCAAAAAGAUAUUUUGCGCUUCUGCUGAUGGGCGCACAAAGCGAUCUGUAUCCUGA